CAUCAUUAUCGUUAUCAUCAUCAUCAAGGCCUUCAUCUCACCCUCGUGGUCCUCACAAUGCCAAAUAUCUCUUCACGCCUCCAGCAUCUAGUUCCGGUCCGAGGGAGAGGGGAAUGGUCCAGGCUGAAGACCUUGUCUCGCGAAUCCAUGUCAGAGCACGUCGCGUGACAGGAACCCAACGGCGUGCCGCAUGACGUCUGGGCGCUAUAUGCUAUGCGCUGGAGAAGAACUGUAGUCAUGCUUCUCUACAACAAUAUACACAACGUCUGUAAAGUGCCGAAUUCUGCCGUAGUGGUAUGCUGAAAGCGGAGCAUCGACCGACGGAGAGAAGUUGCAACCCGCUGGUGACCGCAUCACCACUUUGCAACGAACACCAGCGACGAGGCAACUGAACAGGCCGUGACAUUGAACGGGCAAGAUACAAACACCAUCUAAGCAGACCUACCAUAAACAAACAGACAAAUAUCAACAUCGCCCUCUACCGCCGCCUCGGUAUAUCCCCGCCCGCGAAGUCGUGGUCCUCGCCCCCACCAAUACCAAUCACACACUUCUACCACACCAGUCUCGAUCGCAACGAUGGGCUCCUUCAUAACCAACCUCUGGGAGAGUGUCUUCACGCCCGGCACUACGCCCACCCUCCUUAUCGCAACCAACGUCACCUUUGCUUCCUUACAAGUCCUCCUCUUCGGCCUGCUUAUCGCGACUUACAGUAUACACUUUGCCGUCUUAUCCGUACUCUGCGGAGGCCUUUGGUACAGCAUCAAUUGGUUCGCGAUGGAAUUGCAAGCCGCACAGCGAGCAGAGGAUGAGGCGGAGAGGUUGAGGAAACGGAAAGCUUCCUCUGCGGAGGAGAAGCGGGGUGAAGUUGGUGAUGCGGAUGAUGAGGGGGAGGAUACAGAGGUGGAGGGAGCGGGCGGGACCAAAGGCCUAGGGGAGAGUACUGCUAGUUUGUGUGGUGAGGGAGAGUUGGUGGGUAGUGCUGGUGGGUUUGCUGGAGAGCGAGUCGCACAGACAGCUGCACAGGAUCUGGUGGUGGGGACCACGGCGAGUGGAGUGCAGGCCGAUAUGAAAGAGACGAGGCAGAGACUGACCACCAAGGCCGAUCUUUCGAGUAGCGAAUUCAGCACGGAUUCUGAAUGGGAGAAGGUCAGUUGAGGAGGAGAUCGCACUGCGAUCGAUGAAUGAGAUGGGCGCUGGCUGUAAUGAGCCCGAACCCGUCACGAUACCCAUACUGCUUUUUGAACACCAC